AUGGGCGAAGAAGGAGAGGAACAAAUGCUAGAAAAAGAAGCUAAAUGGCUCCAAAUGAAGUAUCUGAUAAUUAGGAUAGAAAAUGUUGAUUCCCGUAAGAAGAAGCGGCCUCAUCCAAAACUAUUAAUUCCUCCUAAGUUCAGGCAGCAUCUGGCGAACGACAAUCAUGGGGAGGCCACCAUAUUGAGCCCUCUUGGCAAGUUUUGGCAUGUCAAUCUUCAGCGAGAAGGACGCGAGAUGUUCUUUGGUAGUGGUUGGGAGGACUUUGCAAAUGCUCAUGGUUUAAGCGUGGGCCACUUCUUAGUGUUUCUCUACCAAGGAAAUAUGGUUUUCACCAUCAAGAUAUUCGAAAAUAGCGGAUGCCUUAAAGAGUACGGUUCCACUGCCUCCAAGUUUGCAGACAAAAAAGAAGUUAACCUCGACGAUGAAAUUCUUGAUGAUGCUCCAAAAGAUAUUGCAGUUGAGAAGGGGAGGUCGAAGUCAUCAAGAAGGAAGUGCCCUAACCGUAGGAAACGAGUGCCGUAUUUUGAAAGGAUCGCUGUUCCGAAGGCGUUUUGUUUGUCGAAUGGCCUCACGACCAAGUGUGAGAUCACCCUCAAGGAUCGGAAACAGAGACUGUGGCCUGCGCUGUUUCGCCUUGGUUCUCGAGAAGGCUACAUUGGGAGGGGGUGGAGGUGUUUCUCCGAGGGAAACGACUUGAAAGAAGGAGAUAAAUGCAUCUUCGAGCUUGUAUCCAAAAAAGUAAUGCGAGUCCGAAUUGUGAGACGUUGA